AUGGCUGAUGAUGGCAUGCUUCUGAACUUCGCCAUCAGCGACUCCGUGAUCAAACCGGAGGCGAAGUUCAAAGGAGGGACUUGGCGGGACCGUCUCUCAGCGAAAAAGCGCUCUCAACACCGAGUCAAGCCUGGAGAUGGCAGCAACAAGCCCCACGAAUCGAAGAAUCCAAACAAAGUCGCAAUUGGCACACGGCCGGCGAAAAGACAAAGGACUGAGUCCGGCGGUUUUGAAGAUGGAGGUGACCGCGAACGGAGACCCCGAUCGCAACAGCAACAAUCACAGCGUGAUCCCCGCCACUUUGUAUCGUCCCUUUUCUCGAGCAAUCCUGAACCGCAAAAUGCCGAAGAGCCUAAGAAUGAGGAGCCGAUCGAAGACGCAAAACCGACCAAUGCGCCCCUGAUCGACGGGAUCGAUACUUUUACAAAUCUAGGCUUGUCACCGAGUCUGGCGGCGCAUCUGCUUACGAAACUUGAACUGAAGGCACCGACAGCGAUUCAGAAGGCCUCGAUCUCACAACUACUCAAGGAAGAAAGCGAUGCCUUUAUUCAAGCCGAGACCGGAUCAGGCAAGACCUUGGCCUAUCUUCUCCCACUUGUACAACGGAUAAUGGCUCUCUCCAAGGCCACCAAGGAAGCUGGUGUUCACCGCGACAGUGGUUUAUUUGCAAUUGUGCUCGCUCCUACUCGUGAGUUGUGCAAGCAGAUCUCUGUCGUGCUGGAAAAUCUUCUUCGCUGUGCCACCUGGCUUGUUGCUGGUACCGUCAUCGGUGGAGAGAAGAAAAAGUCAGAAAAGGCACGUCUGCGUAAAGGGUUGAAUAUUCUCGUCGCUACUCCCGGUCGGUUGGUUGAUCACUUGGACAACACUGAAGCCCUGGAUGUCAGCAGCGUUCGGUGGCUUGUUUUGGAUGAAGGUGAUCGCUUGAUGGAUAUGGGCUUCGAGGAAGAACUACAAGGUAUUGUCUCGAAACUAGAUGCGAGACAACGACCGAGUCGGGUCCCCGGUGUGCCGACGAGGAGAACGACAAUCCUGUGCUCUGCGACACUGAAAAUGAAUGUGCAGCGGCUGGGAGAGAUCAGUUUGAAGGAUGCAGUGCAUAUCAAGGCGGAUCCCGAAGACGAAGAUGAGAAGGCUCGCAAUGCGAACAAGGAUGAAGAGGAUUUCUUCCGCGUGCCCGCUCAGCUGAAGCAGUCAUACGCGAUCGUAGCAGCCAAGUUGCGUCUAGUAUCGUUGACUGCAUACCUCAAGCGGACAUUCAUUCGCAAGGGCUCUGUGAUGAAAACUAUCGUCUUCGUCUCGUGUGCAGACGAGGUCGAUUUCCUCUUCGAGGUUCUCUCAAGGAAGCACGGUGAAAGAGGACAUAAGAAGAAUGAUGACGGUGACGAUGAAGACGAGAAUGAAGAAAGUGAUGACGUGAAAAAGGAGAAAGAGAAGGAACGCGCAGAACUAUCACCACACGGCACCAUCGCUCCUGGAUCAGCCUUUUCGAUCCCAGCGAACCCUGUCACUCUCCACCGACUCCACGGCUCUCUGCCUCAACAUAUUCGAACAUUCACCCUCAACUCAUUCGCCAACAGCAAAACUGCUUCUGUCAUGGUCUGUACUGACGUGGCUGCACGUGGUUUGGAUCUGCCCAAUGUUGACUUGGUCAUCGAGUACGAUCCCGCCUUCAGUGCCGACGACCACACGCAUCGCAUCGGUCGUACCGCCCGUCUAGGACGUGACGGACGAGCUCUGAUCUUCCUCCAACCUGGCUGCGAAGAGAACUACGUCGAGAUUCUCAAGCGUGGUUAUCGCGACGGCGGCAAGGCUCUCACCCGCACAGAUGCGACUGAGAUCUUGAAGCGCGGCUUCGGCGGAACUUCCGAACAUAGCUCGAAGAACUGGGAAGAAAAAGCCACCGAUUGGCAGAUGGACGUCGAGCGCUGGGCUCUGGAGAAUCCACAAUACCUUGAAAUGGGACGACGUGCCUUUCAAUCGCACGUCCGCGCGUAUGCAACCCACAUCGCUGCCGAGCGGUCCAUGUUCAACAUCAAAGAGCUCCAUCUGGGCCAUCUUGCAAAGAGUUUCGCCCUGCGCGACCGACCCGGAAAGAUCAAUGUUCCCGGUCUGCGUCCUGGAAAGGAAGAGACGAAGAAGGACUUCAAGGCUGGCCGAGGUGCUACGCUGGGCAAGAGGAAGGCUGGCGACGAUUCUGCAGCGUCCAACACCGACGAAGCCACUCGCGAGGCUGCCCGUAAGAUGCGGGCUAAGAUGAAGGAGCAUAUGGGUGGUGGCGCCAGUGAAUUCAAUCUGGCUUGA